ACGCCGGGACGCCAAGAUUCAAAAAUUGAACCAAGCCGCUGAAAACCAAAUUGUAGAUAGCGUGAUGGAAAUCGACUCCGCCUGCUCGGAAGUUAUUCGGCAUACGUUGGUUUGACUCAGAAGUGUAACCAAAAGUGGAAUUUGAAAGAACCCACAACGUCGACCUACGCCAUUGGCUGUUGGUAGACAACGUUCAGUUUUUCAAUGAGCCGCCAUAUUAGGAAGCCAAACCCCUCUUUCAUUCGGCAAGGGAACGACAGGAUAUAGUUCCAGCAUAGUUUAAGGAGGUGGUGGUACUUGCUGAGCACUUCACUUUCUGUUAUUGGAUCUGUGCAAGCAGUAUCUGGGUUUGGUGUGUUUACUUUCUUUCACAAGGGUUAUUUAGCUUCUCUCCCACAAUGGCGACCGCGACUGCAACUCCGACCGGCCAAAGAAGCACGUGCGGCGGCGGCACACCGUUGAGCCCAACCAGGAUAUCCAGGCUGCAGGAGAAACAACAGCUCAGGGACCUCAACGACCGCCUAGCCGUUUACAUCGACAAAGUCCGCAGUUUAGAGUCUGAAAACGACAUACUACAUCUGCAAAUUGAUGAGAAAGAAGAAGUGAGGAGCCGGGAGGUAACCGGGCUGAAAGCCCUGUAUGAGACUGAGCUAGCCGAUGCCAGAAGGUGUUUGGAUGAUUCCUCAAAGGAGCGGGCCUGGCUGCAGAUUGAGCUGGGAAAGAUCAAAUUUGACCAUGAGCAGCUUCAACACAACUACAAUAAGAAGGAUUCUGAAGCAGCCGGAGCCCAGGCAAGGCUUAAGGACUUGGAGGCUCAGCUGAACUCUAAGGAGGCCAUGCUGGCUACAGCACUGUCUGAGAAGAGAAGCCUUGAGGCCACACUGGCAGACCUGCAAGUACAACUGCAGGAGCUGGAAACAGGUCUUGCCCAGGCAAAGAAACACCUUGCUGAUGAGAUGCUCCUUCGUAUAGACUUGGAAAACCGCUGCCAGAGUCUGACUGAGGAAAUGGACUUCCGCAAGAGCAUGCACCAAGAGGAAGUGAAGGAGGCUCGAGAGCGGUAUGAGUCCCGACUGGUGGAGGUGGACUCUGGAAGGAAGCAGGAAUACGAGUAUAAACUGACAGAGGCCCUGGCUGACAUGAGGGCUCAGAAUGAGGAGCAGAUCAAGAUGUACAAGGACAACAUGGAGAGCACCUACCUGACCAAACUUGAGGACCUGCGUCGGUUGUCUGAGAUGAACGGAGCAUCUGCCAACAUGGCUCGAGAGGAGCUUAAGGAGUCCACCCUGAGGAUCGAAAGCCUUACUGGCCAACUGGCAGGACUGCAGAAGGAGACUCGUGGUUGGCGUGAUCGUAUAAUGGAGCUGGAGGCAGCCUUGGUUCAAGAGAAAGACAUGUGCCGCAAACUGCUGACAGAUAAAGACCGCGAGUUGGCUGAGAUCCAGGCUAAGAUGCAGCAACAGCUGAAUGAGUACGAACAGUUACUGGAUGUUAAACUGGCUCUGGACAUGGAGAUCAACGCCUACCGCAAACUCCUGGAGGGAGAAGAAGAAAGACUGAAGUUGUCUCCCAGUCCUUCAUCUCGUGUCACAGUAUCUCGAGCCUCAUCCAGCAGCCGCAGUGUGCAGACCACUCAGGGAAAGAGGAAGCGUGUUGAUGUGGAGGAACAGGAAGCCAGCAGCUCAGUGUCCAUCGCUCACUCUGCCUCGGCCACAGGACCCAUCAGCAUUGACGAGAUCGACACCGAUGGCAAGUUCAUCUGUCUCCACAACAGUGGAGAUGAGGACCAGGCCAUGGUGGGUUAUGAGAUAAUUAAGACGAUUGGAAAUUCUACAGCCACCUACAAGUUCACACCCAAAUAUGUCCUGAAGGUUGGCCAGAAAGUCACGAUUUGGGCGUCUGAUGCUGGUGUGAGCUCCAAACCUCCAACUGACCUGGUGUGGAAGAACCAGUCCUCCUGGGCUUCAGGGGAGGAUGUGCAUGUGGUGCUGAUCAACCCUCAGGCACAGGAGGUGGCAAAGAGAACCACCACAUACAAGACAGCAGUAGAAGAAGAGGCUGAGGAAGAUGAUGAUAGUGGAGUGGAGGCCACUGAGGAAGAUCUGUACCACCAGCAGGGAGACCCUCGCACUGGCAAGAGGGGCUGCUCCAUAAUGUGAAUCCAAGGAAGCCACCACCACCACCACCACCACCACCUCUGAGCCCAGCAAGUCAGCUGCCAACUAUAACUGCAGAACUAUUUUUCUAUCUUUUGUAGUGUAUUUUGAUAAAAUGUAUGAAUUUAUUUUAUCUUUUUAUUUCUCAGAAGAGUGCAUAACUGCUUGUUGUAGAUGUAUAUUCAUCAUCAAAACCAAAACAAUGUCAUUGUUCAACAAAAUUUUGUAAUUGUACAAUACAAUUUGCAAAAAGUAGCUCAACCCAAGGCCAGACUUUACGAAAACAAUGUGUUCUGCUGUGUCAUUUUUAAAAUAGAAUUCAAUUGUGUUUUUUUAUUUAAUUUCUAAUUUUAUUAUUAUUAUUAUUAUUAUUAUUAUUAUUAUUAUUAUUAUUGAUUAAUUUUAGUCUUAUAGUUACAAGGAAAGCCCCAAAAUGUUACUGAUUAGUGCAAGUCACUGCAUUUUCUUUACAAUAUGCUAAAAAUCUACUGUAUUAUAUUUUAAAAAGAAAAUCUACAAAAUAUUGAAAGGUCAAGUACACUAAAACAGUAACAGGAGUGCCACAGUAACAGGUCUGGACAAUGUCUCAGUUCACUGGCAUUCUUCUAUUUUUUUUUUUUAAUUAACCAUGAUUGCAUGAUUGUAUUCAUAAGGUGGGAAGUUGAGUUACCUUAAAGCCCCUGAUGGUUUUGAAACUGUGGCUUUGGCGACUCCUUGUCUUAGAAUGAAGAAACAUCUGAGCUGAGGACAGUAGAAGAAAAUGAACUGAAGACUGCAUCAGUUUUCACGGGGCCGUGUCAUUUGACAAACUUGGGAUUGUAACGUUUCUCCACACGGGGCUGUAAUCUGAUUACAUUUUUCUUUGCAUACUUUAAGGAAGUAUUGCACCACUAAUUAAGAAGUGUUGAUUGUAUUCUUAACUUUUGAUAGUGAUAACUUGUGUGUUGGUGUGUUAAAAUGCAUGCGAUGGCUGUAAUCUUCAUAGUUGAAUGAUUAAAUGUUUUCAUUUA